AGUGGUAGCAGUUUAAACAGGCGGAGGGGGCAGGUAGAGGGGAGGGGUGGCCAAUGGCAGGUGGCCUUUGAUAACGCUGAGGAGGGAGGGGGCAGGUUUCCGGCAGCAAGUAGCUGUUUAGAAGCGGGUAAGCAGGGAGGUGAGACCUGGUCCUUUAACAUACGGGGGAGGAGAGGCAAGGUGGGUGCAGCCGGUGAGGCGUUGUCACGGGGCGUCUAGACCCCAGGGGUAGGUAGGUGACCGGUGCCGGGGAGCAGCGCAGGGGCGGCCAACACGUGUCCGUUCAGGGGACAGAGCCGUUUAGCCCGCCGGGGGAGCGGGCAGGGGCCGUCAGGACGCUGCAGGAGGCGGCUAGUAGAGGCGAGGUUGGGGGCGCUGCCCACUCCAGCCGUCCUGGUCUGUCCCUCGGGCCCUUGAGGGCUCAGCGCUGCCCCCGCCGCCUCCGACACCGGCUCGCACCGCACCCCAGCACACGCACCGUUCCGGGCUGUGCCACGGGGCGGGGGCGGGCAGCGGCGCUCGGGCGGGGAAACGUCGCCGCUGCUCCCCUUGCGGGGGGCUGGGCGCGCUGCGCAGAGCGCGGGGGCGGCCGUUGCGGAGGCAGCUGGGGCGGGAGGAGGCAAGUGGCAAAGCAGCAGCAGCGUGAGGCGUCUCCAGAGCUGGGGCUCUCUGCUGCCGCUGCCGCGCUGAAUUCCUGUGCACAGAGCUCGGCUCAUCCUCCGCCGGGCUCCCGGGGGCGGGAGACGCGCCUGUCCCGCAGGUGUUUGUUUUCUUUUAGAGUUGAUAUUAUAUGCUGAGGCACUUGAUCCUUCUCAGUCCAGUGAGCCCCAAGAUGGAUGAAACAUACUGUAUGUCACGCAAAUACUGCUAUUUCAGCCUAAGGAGUGUAUUUUCAAAGCAGCACAAGGAUGGUGUUGUUUUCAACAGCUAGGGAAGAACAAGGGCAAGACUGGUAUGAUGGAUGAAACAGUAGAGGUAUCAAUUGAUGGUAACUCCCUUAUAAAAGCUGUCUAUCAAAGCAGACUUCGCCUCACAAGACUGUUGUUAGAAGGUGGAGCAUACGUUAAUGAGAGUAACGACCGAGGUGAAACACCUUUAAUGAUUGCUUGUAAGACACAGCAUGUGGACCAGCAGAGUGUUAGCAAAGCAAAAAUGGUUAAAUAUUUGCUGGAAAAUAAGGCAGAUCCAAAUAUACAGGACAAAUCUGGAAAGACAGCCUUGAUGCACGCAUGCUUGGAAAAGGCUGGCCAUGAAGUGGUUUCUUUGUUGCUGAAAAAUGGAGCUGACCUAAGUCUGCAAGACCAUACUGGUUACUCUGCACUUGUUUAUGCAGUAAACUCUGAAGACCGAGAGACCCUGAAAGUUCUCCUAAAUGCUUGUAAAGCAAGAGGAAAAGAAGUAAUCAUCAUUACAACAGACAAGUCUCCAUCUGGAAGGCAGACAACUAAACAGUACUUAAAUGUGCCUCCUACUGACAUUGAGGAAUGCCAUUCUCCAACUGCCUGCACUUCCCCAUCAGAAAUAGAACUUAAAACAUCUCCACUUUCAAAUUCAUGUGAAACAGAAAAAACUCUUUUUAGCUUUAAAGAACCAGAUCAGCCUGGAAGCAUGGAAAAUAUAUCUGAGCCAGUCUCUCCUACUAGAAAACCAAAUUUAACACAUGUAGGACCCAAGCUGGCACAAGUGCAGCGUCUGCAUUCUGAGUCUUGGAUAAAAAGCUCUCUGUUCCAUCAGAAUAAAAUUUCCUCUUUACAAGAAGAACUUCAGGAUAUAACUCCAGAGGAAGAACUGUCUCUGAAAGUCAAUGGACUAGCCUUAUCUAAGAGAUAUAUUACUAGACACCAAAGCAUUGAUGUAAAAGACCCUGCUCAUUUGUUGAAAAUCUUUGAUGAAACUGGCUCAAAAAGGUUGUCAUAUGAGGAGAUAAAUUCUCAGUCACCUUAUCCUGAGAGAAACCAUAGCCAGAGUGAAAUUCCUGUAGAUCAGGAUUCAGAUUCAGUCCAAAUGAGAUUUGUUUCAACCCUGAGAAGUAUUAUUCAAAAAAGACGUUUAGGGGCAAAUCACUACAGCUCUGAUUCUCAACUAACUACUAGUCUGAGUCCUGCUACCACAGAAGAUAGCAAAUCACUUCUAGGAAAGAAAAAGAUUCUCUCUCCUUCUCCCUCCUUGUUAUCAAGUUCCAGAGAAUUGCUAGAGAACAUGCCUCCUGGUCCACUGAACAGGAGAAACCAUGCUGUUUUAGAGAGACGAGGGUCAGGAGCCCUCUCUUUAGAUCAUAUUGCCCAAACUAGGCCAGGUUUCCUUCCACCUUUAAAUGUGAAUCCUCAUCCUCCAAUUCCAGAUAUUAGUUUUAGCAACAAGAUUUCUGGAAUUGUUUCUUUGGGACAAAAAACCCUAAUUCCAACAGCACCUGCAUUUCCCAAGGAGUUCAAAAGUAACAAAAUGUUGGUAAGGAGGCAGUCAUUACAAACUGAACAGAUUAAGCAACUCGUGAAUUUUUAAUAGGGUACUAAAGUGUUAACAGAUUUAUACAACAUGUACAUACUUGCAGCUUUAUUCAUUUGGAAUAAAUAUACCCCAAAGCAGAGAGCCCACACAAGGUCCUCUGCACAACAGAGGCCCUUAACAUGGGACUCUUGGAUGAGUUUCAUCUUAGAUUUAGCUAAUAAGUGUGUUCAGCUAAAUUUACUCUGCUGCUGUAAUCUGCAAAAUGACAAAUUAUAUUUUCACCAUAUUUUUCAUAAUAGAAAACUAAAACUCUAUGGACCUGAUUCUCUGUGUCCCCAUACUUCGUGAGUCAUUGACACAAAACACUUAUAUUCUGAUUUGAUAGCAUUUUACACUCAGUUUGUACUCACUUUGCAUAGAUGUAAGUGACUACAUAAAGUGCAGGGCAAUGGAGAAUUAGAUUAUAUGAUAGCUAUUCUCCUCUACCUAUAUUGAUGGAACUAUUAUCAGGAGCUGAUUAGUAGGACUUACAAGCCCCUAAGGAGCAGAGAACAGGCUUAAUGUGGGAAAAUUAUACAAAAUAGCUACAAUUCUAAAGUAAAACAGACUACAAAACUGAUACAAAAUAAUGUACAAUUCAUGUUUUUAUUAAGCAACAGCUUCAAUUUAAUUCAAUCAAUAACAGAAUAUUUCUGAAUUAUUGCUUUUAAAUACUGCAUAUUAAAUAAUGGAGUAACUUAUUAAAGAAAUAGAUAACUGUUUCAUCAUGAGCUGGACUAAAAUAUCAUACUUUAAGAUUGCCAACGUGUAUGUUUCUUUCCCACUUAAAGUUCAGACUCUGCUUUUGUCUUUUUUUUUUUUUUUAAUACAAAUUUUACGGAUACUCUAGGAUUUGGCUCUUAUAUGGCACUUUUAUCAUCUCACUUCUAAAAGUCUAUACAUUUUAAAAUUUUAUUUUCACAUACUUCAUACAAAUCGUUUAUUCUUAUUAACAUGGUGGUUGUGAAUUAUACUGAAACUGGAUACUUGCUUCUAGAAAUAUCCAGUAGAUAUUUGUGGUGUUGUAGCUUUAGUCCUAAUCCAAAUAGUAUUACAAAAUGUUUUCUAACAGAAAAAAGUUAGCUUUGUGCCAUCAGUAUAAGUAUAUUUAUUAUCUAUUUGAAAUUUACAAUCUCUAUCAUCCCCUUUGUUGCAAAAACACUUCCUCCCUUGGAGAAGGCAAUACUAGCCCCAUGGAAAGGAUAAGAGCAUAGUUUGCAUUCAUGCAGAACCUAAUAAUCUGUAGCAAAUGCUAGCCUCAACCCCCCUAGAUUUUAGAGCAUGGCAUUAGCUCUUCUACACCCUGAGCUGGGCCCCCUAAUCCAUGGUAGCAUGAUUGGCUGGUUGGCCAGGUGAUAUUCUCAUGGGUUGCUAGCCCCUGGCUAUGUCGCAGCCCUCCUAAGAAGAGCUAGGAUGAGAACUGAAGCCAUUGAUAUAAAUUUAGUGCAUUAACUUCAAAAGGAUUUUCCACAUUAAACUGUGGUUUUAAAGGUGACUGUGUCACCUAAAGUGACUUCUCUUUGACUACUCCACUUAAAAUUCCAUGGAGCCUCAAAUGUAUAGGGACUACUGGUGGUUGAGGGGAGUACACACUGUAAAGAUCUGCUCCCUCCUUUCUACCAUAUCUAACUCCAUUCAAGCAUGAUUACCGCAUUUUUCCUUAACUCUGCACCAUGCAGGGGACAUAGACUUCCGCUCUGAAAAAUGUUUGUGCUUGCUUGUUUUUUGUGAACAGCUUUUUUUUCAAAGCCAGCUUUUUGAUCCAGACCAUUCUUCCAAUGAAAAGCUCUUGUCACUUGCAGUUUGAUAGGAAAACUAUCUUCUGUAUACACAGAAAUCAACUAUAAAAGGAUGUUAAGAUUGCCAAGUCAAGCACUCAAAAGUUAAGAAAUUCCAGAAUUAAGGUUGUCCAUGGUAUUCAUAGCACUGGCUGACAGCAGAGGAAUUUUCAGACUCAGGAAUCGUAGGACUGGAAGGAACAUUGGGAGGUCUUCCAGUCCAGUUCCCUGCACUCAAGGCAGGACUAAGUAUUUCUCUAACCUGCUAUAAAAAAUCUCUAAUGAUGGAAAUUUCACAACCUCCCUGGAUAAUUUAUUCUAGUACUUAGCUUCCCUGACAGUUAGGAAGUUUUUCCUAAUGUCCAGCAUAAACCGCCCUUGCUGCAAUUUAAGCCCAUUAGGAACAUAAGAACAGCCAUACUGGGUCACACCAAAUGUCCAUCUAGCCCAGUAUCCUGUCUUCUGACAAUGGCCAAUGCCAGAUGCCCCAGAGGGAAUGAACAGAACAGGUAAUCAUCAAGUGAUCCAUGCCCUGUCGCCCAUUACCAGCUUCUGGCAAACAGAGGCUAGGGAUACCAUCCCUGCCCUUCCUGUCUAAUGGCCAUUGAUGGACCUAUCCUCCAUGAAUUUAUCUAGUUCUUUUUUGAACCCUGUUAUGGUCUUGGCCUUCACCACAUCUUCUGGCAAAGAGUUCCACAGGUUGACAGUGCGUUGUGUGGAAAAAAUACUUCCUUUUGUUUUUAAACUUGCUGCCUAUUAAUUUCAUUUGGUGACCCCUAGUUCUUGUUAUGUGAAAGAGUAAAUAACGGUUCCUUAUUUACCUUCUCCAAACCAGUCAUGGUUUUAUAGACCUCAAUCAUAUCCCCCCUUAGGUGUCUCUUUUCCAAGCUGAAAAGUUCCAGUCUUAUUAAUUUCUCUUCAUAUGGAAGCCGUUCCAUACCCCUCAUGAUUUUUGUUGCCUUUUCUGAACCUUUUCCAAUAUAAAUUUUUUUGAGAUAAGGCAACCACAUCAGCAUGCAGUAUUCAAGAUGUGGGUGUGCCAUGGAUUUAUAUAGAGGCAAUCUAUUUUCUGUCUUUUCUAUCCAUUUCUUAAUGAUUCCCAAUGUUCUGGUCACUUUUUUGACUGCCGCUGCACAUUGAGUGGAGUGCUUCUUGUCCUAUCCUCGGAGGUUAACAAGAACAAUUUUUCUUCCUCCUCCUUGUAACAACCUUUUAUGUACUUGCAAACUGUUAUGUCCCCUGUCUUCUCCUUUCCUGACUGAAAAAAUUGGAUUUGUUUAAUAUUCCCUCAUAGGUAAUGUUUUCUAGACAUUUAAUCAUUGUUCUCCUCUGGACUUUCUUUAAUUUGUCCACAUCUUUCCUGAAAUGUGGUGCCCAGAAGUGGACACAAUACUCUAGUUAAGGCCUAAUCAGCACGGAGUAGAGCAGAAGAAUUACUUCUCAUUUCUUGCGUACCAUACUCCUGCUAAUACAUCCCAGAAUGGCGUUUGCUUUUUUUGCAACAGUAUUACACUGUUGACUCCUAUUUAGCUUAUGAUCCAUUAUGACCCCCAGAUCCCUUUGUGCAGUACUCCUUCCUAGGCAGUCAUUUCCUAUUUUGUAUGUGUGUAUUUGAUUGUUCCUUCCUAAGUGGAGUACUUUGCAUUUGUCCUUAUUGAAUUUCAUCCUAUUUACUUCAGACCGUUUCUCCUGUUUGUCCAGGUCACUUUGAAUUUUAAUCCUGUUCUCUAAAGCACUUGUACCCCCUCUCAUCUUGGUAUCAUCUGCAAACUAUAAAUGUACUUUCUAUGCCAUAAUCUAAAUCACUGAUGAAGAUAUUGAACAGAACUGGGUCCAGAAUUGAUCCCUCUGGGACUUCACUUGAAGCUUGACUGUGUGAACCACUGAUAACUACUCCCUGGGAAUGGCUUUCCAACCAGUUUAUGCUUAGAGUAGCUCUAUCUAUGAAGUGAGCUGUAGCUCACAAAAGCUUAUGCUCAAAUAAAUGUUAGUCUCUAAGGUGCCACAAGUACUCCUUUUCUUUUUGCGAAUACAGACUAACACGGCUGCUACUCUUAAAUCUAUCUAUGUUGUUUUUCCCUAGUAUGUUUAUGAGAAGGUUGUGUGAGACAGUAUCAAAAGCCCUACUAAAGUCAAGAUAUAUUGCAUAUACUGCUUCCCCCUAAUCUACAAGGCUUGUUAUCCUGUCAAAAGACAGCUAUUUGGUUGGUUAGACGUGAUUUGUUCUUGACAAAUCCAUGCUGAUGAUUACUUAUCAACUUAUCUUCUAGGUGUUUGCAAUUUGACUGCUUAAUCAUUUGCCCCAUUAUCCUUCUAGGUACUGAUGUUAAACUGACUGGUCUAUAAUUCUCUGAAUUGCCCUUAUUUUGCUUUUUAUAGAUUAGCACUAUAUUGGCUCUUUUCCAGUCCUCUGGAAUCUCUCCCAUCUUCCAUGACUUUUUGACAAUAAUCACUAAUGGCUCAGACAUCUCCUCAGUCAGCUUCUUGAGUAUUCCAGGCUCUAUUUCAUCAGGCCUUGGUGAUUUGAAGAAAUCUAGCUUGUCUGGAAGAUCUGCGUACCUCCAGGCAUACGAGUAGCCCCUGGCUGAAAACCACUGUUCUAAACAACUGAACAAUCUCUCAUAAUGGGAAUUGUCAGCGCCAUCUAUAGUGAAGGUUGCUUAUCAGCUCUACUUAUAAUACGCUAAGAUUGGAUCUCUUAGCAAUUCUGUAAAAAUGGUAUUGUGAAGUCCAACAUUUUUGUUUUGAAAUGAUUCAAUAUCAAACUUGCUCAGUAUACAAAUGAGGAUGCUUUUGUUAAACUACAAGUCUUACAAACUCCGCCAGCCAAGUCAAGCUGAGUUCUUUCCUUCAUAUGUAUAGUCACUGGUAUAAAAGACUAGUAGGAUAAAUUAGGUCUUUAGUUAAACCUGUGCAACACAGGUGACUUCAAAUUAAGUCCCUACUGCCAUCUGAGUAUCCUUAUUGCUUAAGAGGGUUGGUAUAGGUGUAACUAAAUUGGAAUUUUCUAAAAAUUGGGAAUAGAGCCCAGCUCUCCUGAAUCCCAGUCCAGUGCUGCAUCUCCUACCAAAUACUGCAAGAGAAUACGACUCAGAAUACAAAUAUGGAAGAAAUAUGUUGAGCAGCAUUGUACCACUUUUUCAGUAAUUUUUCUGAACAGGUUAACAUUUUUAAAGGUGUAAUGUAGUCCUUCAAAAUUAUUAGGCUCCUAUGCUAUGUAUCACAUGCACACUUAAAGAUGAUCUCCAAAAGAUUUUUAUUUUAAAAUUUCCACUUGUUGAGUGGGGGUUUGUUUUGCUUCAUUAUGAUGGUUAGAGAGCCCUGGGAGGUUUUCUUUUUUACAUUUUUUUUUUUCUGCCUGAUAUUUUUACCUUUGGAAUAUUCAGAAUGUCAAGUGUAAUGAUCUGAGUUUUCUAGAAGAACUUUGGAAAGUUUCAGACAUGUUUAUGGUGAAUUCUGAACACUCUUAUUGAAGGGGCAUGGAUAUUGAAUAUUUAACAACAGUUUCCUUUAUCCAAAAUGUUAAGUACCAAUUGAAGUUAACCAGGUGUUUAGUUUAAUAAAAAAAAAAAAACUCAAACACUAACUCCUCCCCCUCACCCCCCUUUAGUGGCUCAACUUUUACUUUUUUGGUGCUUGUAAUUUUAAAAAUUGCACUUGGUCCCCAGUUACCACAGAAUCUUUUAUCUUAGAUAAAACUUAAAUUUCUAUUAUAAAAAACAAACAGCAAAAACUCUACCUUUAAAAUAAAACACAAAACUGCUUUCAGGUUGUCUUUAUAUGUAGCAAAGACACACUUUUUUUUUUUCUUUUUUUUCUUUUUCCCCGUUUGCAGGUUACUUUUUAAAAGUGAGUUUGACAUGGCUAAGUCCUGAAGGGGUACAGGGUAAAAUAACUUAAAGAAGUUAGCUUACAGUUUUAAAAUUUCAUUACUGCUUUUCCUAGAAAUCCUUGUCUUUGAUAAGAAUAAUGGUGUAUUGUAUGGAUUAUGUAAUAACAAUUAAAAAUGGAACCGUAAAAUCCUUUAAGCUUUCUACAGUUUCAUUUUUAAGAGACAAAGCGAGCUUUUCAUAACACCAAAAUAACAAAUUUUCUUUAAAGGAUUCUCACUUUUAAGUGUUGUACUGCCACAGAUACAGCAGAAUUCCCCUUUUUGCCCUUGUGAGGCAGUGGUAAUUCAGGAUGAGUCAGGAUCUCCUUACGUGUAAAUAAGUGCCACUGUUGAAGAAGCUUCCAGUCUCUUGUUAGAAAUUAAGCAUGGAGCUCUCCACAGGAACUGUGACCUUUUAUCACCAUCCAUCUGCUUCAACUGUUUUGGGAAUUCUGUCAUGGUCUCCCCAGUUUCCAAUCAACCCAGUUAGUUAUAGGCCUGAUGUUUUGGGACUCUAAGAAUAUAUCUACAAUGCAGCUGGGAGCAUGCUUCCCAGCAAUGUUAGACAGAUACACAAGCUACCAUACUAAAAGUAGCAAUAUGGCUGUGGUGUCAUGGAUGGUAGCUCUGAGUAGCUGUCUUAGUAUGUACCGAGGGGAUCAGGCAGACUUGUACUCAGGGAACUAGUCUAAGCCACAGCCCAUGCUGCCGCUGCCACUGCCAUGCAGCUAUUUUUAGCAUGAUAGCUCAAGCAGAGCCAGCACCUGUCAGUCAGCCUAUGCUGGGAAACAUGCUCCCAGCUGUAGUGUAGACAUAACCAAGGAGGCCCUGGCUUUAUUUUGCCAUUCUUUCCAAUCAAGCUAGCUUUGAUACAUUCCUUGGAGCACUUAAGUUUUUUGCUUUGGACUUGAUGUUUUUUGUAAUCCCAUUUUGGUGCUUUUGGGUCAUAGCUUUGACAUUUUUUUCUCCCUAGUGUUUUGGCAUAUCAGUAAACUUCCAGUGUUCACUGCUCCUGUGGCCUCCUAUUUCAGCUAUGUUUGGUGCAUUUAUUUUCAGUUCUCUCCGUGCCUCCCACCUUGAUCUUUAGAUGUUCUAAUUCGAACACUUCAAAACCUUAUAUAACUUUAUACUAUAUACAUUUUCCCCCAAGAUGUAAUGCUCCUCUUCUUGCAAUAAAAGGGGGAAGUAGCCCAAAGCCUUUUGGAAGUAUGAUUGUGGUCCAAGAUGCUUCCUUAGGGGAAGACAGCAUGAGGGCCUAACCGUCUCUAUCAAUAAAGGGCUAUUUCUUCCUCAUAUGUUUUCACUUCAAGCACUAUUAGUUGUAUUACAGUAGCACUUAAGGCCCCCAGUGAAGUUUGCAGACUCAUUGUGGUAGGUACUGUAAAAACAGAUUUCAGAGUAGCAGCCGUGUUAGUCUGUAUUCGCAAAAAGAAAAGGAGUACUAGUGGCACCUUAGAGACUAACCCAUUUAUUUGAGCAUAAAUUGGUUAGUCUCUAAGGUGCCAUUAGUACUCCUUUUCUUUUUGUAAAACCAGAGUAAGAGAGAGUCCCUGCCCUGAAGAUCUUGCAUUCUAUUCCAGGAAGAACAUGGUUCCUCAGCACAAAUUGUUCUUGGAAGGCUUCAGAAUGUUUAGGUAGUCUGCUACUUACAACAGCUUCCAGGGACCUCCCUCUCAUAUAGAGACUGUGGGCCUUUCACUCACUUGGCCUAGAUUCUCUGAUUUAUGACCCGCGUAAUAUUCAGUAGAGCUACUCAACCUGGUGUCCAAGAAAGACCUCCAUAGUGUCCCUUCUUGUCCCUCUCAGAAAGCUCUUGGGAGCCUCAGGAAGACACAUUGCUGGAAAUCCUGUUUUCUUGGUGUGGGUACAUGUUCCCCGCUCUGGAUAAUCAAAAACAUUUGAAAAGUGUCUAAGAAUCAGUUCAUAUCACCAUUUGAGUAUGGGAGUCACACUGGUCAUGGUAAAAUAUCCGAAGUCCUCGGUUGUCAGGAGACCAUUGAAGCCUGGGUAGAUAUGACUUGACUCAAAGCCUUCCUCCCUCAGUACAGGCUCUAAGAUAUCACCUGUCUAGCAAAAAGGAUUUGUCCAAGGCAGCAGGUGUUAUCUUACUGUGCUACAACUGAUGAGUGUGAUGUCAACAACAAUUUUGAUAUUAUCCACAAGACAAUCUCCAUGGACCCUGAGAUUCCAGUGCAAGCAAGUUAUGUCACAUUACAUCCCAGCAACUAAUGGCAAUCAGGGGCAAUCUCCAUUUACAGCUGGACUUCCAAAUUCAACUAGUACUCAUUGUAGUGACUACUGCAUUUAGCCUGGAAUGGAGAGUCAAUGUAAAGGAUCUGUCAGUGGGGUGUCCAGGAAAAGUUACUGAAUAAUAAGUAAUUUUUACAGUUGGCUUACAGGAAGAAACUGUAUUUCCUUAGCACUUUAGAAACUGGCUAGAAGGAACCCGUAUCUUCUGCUGAGCUAUUUCAGACAGACAAAAGCCUUAAUGUUAGGGGAGUUCUGCCCUGUACCUACCAUGUUGGGAGCACAAAACCCAAGAGUGAUAUUUCAGUGAAGAGAUAUUUUCAGUGCUGGGUAAGUAAUUUUCUAUGUAAUCAAUUAGCUAAAGUUAUCUUCACAGUACAACUUUAGGCCCAAUUCUCAACUUAGUUCAAUGGUGUAAAUCAAGAAUAACCCUACUUAAGUCAAUGGAAUUACUCUGCCAUAAAACCCAUGUAAGACAGAGGAGAAUUAGCCCAUUUUGUCAAUCAUUCAAGGCCGGGGUGGGCAAACUACAGCCAGGGGGCCACAUCUGGCCCUCGUGUUCCUGCUGGGAAGUGGGGUCCAGGGUUUGUCCUGCACCGGUGCUCCAGACGGGGAGCGGGGUUGGCGUCUUGCCCCACUCCACAUGACUCCCGGCAGCAGCGGCAUGUUCCCCCUCCACUUCCUAUGUCUAGGGGCAGCCAGGGGGCUCUGCAUGCUGCUCCCACAGCUCCCAUUAGCUAGGAACAACAGCCAGUGGGAGCUGCAGGGGUGGUGUCUGCGGAUGGGGUGGUGCCUGCGGACAGGGCAGCAUGCAGAAACACCUGGCCGCACUUUUGUGUAGGGGCUGGAGGGAGGACAUGCCACUGUUUCUGGGAGCUGCUUGAGGUAAGCACUGCCCAGAUCCUGCCCCCCAACCCUCUUCCAUGCUCCAACCCCCUGACCCCCCUCCAGCCCUCCAAACCCCUUAUCCCCAGCCCCACCCCAGAACCCAUACCCUCAGACAGAGCCCUCCUGCCCUCCUGCACCCCAAUUUCAUGAGCAUUCAUGGCCCGCCACACAAUUUCCAUACCCAGAUGUGGACCUCGGGCCAAAAAGUUUAUCCACCCCUGAUUUAAGGGAAUGUACACAGAAAAAGGAAAGUGUUUGUUUAUUUUUUAAUAUAUUAGCCACUCAUUUUUAAGUGGUGAUAAAGAUAACUAUUUGGGGAUUUUGUAACAUACCUAACUCUUUAAACAUUGGAUUAAAUUCUGUAUGUAAGUCUAACCCCUAAAUGAACGUUCCCUUUUAAAAACUGUUUCUCAGACAGGUUCCUGUCUUAAGAUUUCCUUUAUGUUUAAGAGCAUUCAAACAUCAUGGAAUUACUAAGUGCUUUUGACUUUAACGACUUCCAGUGAUUUGAGCUGUGCUACAAAUACGGCCCUACCAAAUUCACAGCCAAGAAAAAUGCAUCACAGACCAUGAAAUCUAGUUCACACCCCUGCUCCCUGAAAUCUGGUCUUUUGUGUGCUUGUACCCUAUACUAUACAGAUUUCACAGGGGAGACCAGUGUUUCUCAAAUUGGGGGUCUUGACACAAAAGGGAGUUGCAGGGGGGUUGUAAGGUUAUUUUAGGGGGCAUGGUGUUGCCACUCUUACUUCUGUGCUGCCUUCAGAGCUGGGCAGCUGGAGAGUGGCAGCAGUUGGCCAGACUCCCAGCUCUGAAGGCAGAGUUGCCAUCAGCAGCAGUGCAGAAAUAAGGAUGAUGAUACCAUACCAUGCCACCCUUACUUCUGUGCUGCUGCCUUCAGAGCUGGGCGGCCGCUGACUGAGGGUCCGUCUCUGCAGGCAGCAGCACAGAGGUAAGGGUAGCAAUAUACCAUGCCAUCAUUAUUUCUGGCUUGCUGCUGGCAGCAGCUCUGCCUUCAGAGCUGGGUUCCUGGCCAGCAGCCACUGCUUUCCAGCUGCCCAGCUCUGAAGGCAGCGCCACUGUCUGGAGCAGUGCAAAAGUAAGGCUAGCAGUACUGCAACCCCCCCUACAAUAACAUUGUCACGUCCCACAACUCCUUUUUGGGUCAGGGCCCCUACAAUUACAACACUGUGAAAAUUCAGAUUUAAAUAGCUGAAAUAAUGAAAUUUAUGAUUUUCAAAAUCCUAUGACCAUGAAACUGACCAAAAUGGACUGCGAAUAUGAUAGGGCCCUAACUGUAAACUUGCCAUGUGUACUUUCUUGCAGAAUGUGAACACUGGGUAAAAUAUUUUAUUAAAACAGAUCAUAUAAUAAAUCAAAUUAAGUA